ACAGUUUCAGCCAGCGAGCCACCAGUCCGUAUUGUUUUAUACACGAGAAUCUAGUAAAACAUUAUAAUAAACCUGAAAUAAGAUUUGGAAUAACUGAAAUAUCGAUUCUAAAUACUAAUUAAGUGAAAAUAAGUUACAGUUUUGUGCUUACGUUUUGUGAUAAUCAUAUUAUAGUGUUUAUAACCUUAACCAAAUAUUUUUUUAUUUAGUUAAGAUAUAUAUGUAUAUAUAAAUUUCAUAUAAAGGUGUAGACAUUGUUGUGUCGUCUUUAAUAUAGAAGGAAUCGUUUUCAGGUAGUGUGAAGCUGUCCAGAUGCGGGAUCCCAGUGAGGCUGGUGUGGGCUAAUAAAUGGCUUGUACAGCGUUCUGGACUUCCGUUAAGAGGACGCGUGUGUUUACUCCAGAGCAGUUGGACGCUGGGAAUCUAAGAAGAUGCCUGAGCCGCUGGGAGCUGACGGGUCUGGGCGUGGGCAGCACCCUGGGUAUCGGCGUAUACCUGCUGCUGGGGUACGUCGCGUACAAACUGGCCGGGCCAUCCGUCGUGCUGUCCUUCCUCAUAGCCGCAGUCGCUGCUUUCUUUGCAGCGCUGUGUUACGCAGAGUUUGCGUCGAGAGUACCACGGGCUGGUUCGGCGUAUAUUUAUACUUACGUCAGCGUAGGGGAGCUCGCUGCAUUCGUGGUUGGAUGGAACAAUAUACUGGAAGGAUUAUUCGGUACAGCCAGUAUAGCCCGAGGACUGAGCUUGUUUGUAGACUCGACGGUCAAUAACUCUAUGUCGGAAUGGUUCACGACAUUUGCUUCUGUUGCCGACGCUCCUUUCUCACAGUACUUCGACUUCUUCGCGUUCUUCCUCGUUCUGAUAUUGGGAGCGCUGUUGGUGUGGGGUGCGCGGGAGUCGAUCCUUGUAAAUAACGCUCUCACCGCACUCAAUAUGAUUAUCAUCGUCUUCAUAAUCGUGGGGGGUGCUGUUAACUCAAGCUUUGAAAAUUGGUACAUAUCUGAAAAUGAAUUACCUCCCGAGAACGGAUCAGGUGGAUUCUUUCCCUAUGGAGUAAUGGGAACUAUGAAAGGUGCGGCAGUCUGCUUUUACGCCUUUGUUGGUUUUGAUACCAUAACUUCUGCUGCUGAAGAGGCUCGUGAUUCACGCAAAUCCAUUCCAAUGACGAUCCUGAUUGCGCUGGGCUGUUUAUUUUGCAUCUACGCCGCUGUGUCUAUAGUUAUCACUACAAUGGUACCCUACCAUCAACAGGAUAGUAUAGCAACGGUGGCCGCCGCCUUCUCUUACGUGGGCUGGGAAUGGGCCAAGUGGAUCAUUUACGUCGGGACCAUAUGUGGCAUUUGUGCCAGCCUCAUAGGUGCCAUGUAUCCGUUGCCUCGGCUACUGUAUGCCAUGUCGUCCGAUGGAUUAUCCUUGCACUGGUUCAACAAUGUUACGAAGAAGCGGAAGACCCCAGCUGCUGCCACAAUUGUUCCUACUAUUAUAAUAGCUGUACUGGCGGGAGUUUUGGAGACAAAUCAGCUCAUUAUGAUGAUGUGCAUCGGAACACUCCUCUCCUACACUCUUGUUGCUGUCUCCGUUAUCGUAUUACGCUACUAUUCCGACGCUAUCCCUACCGUAUCGCAGAGUUAUCACAAACAAAUAUUUGGCUGUCGUUCACCACCGUCGAAAAUAUCCACCCGUGUUAUUUAUACCACACUUAUAUUAUUCAUAUUUAUCUGCAUAAUAAUCGCAUUAGUGGGAGUGUAUGGUGAGAAUGUACCGGUACCUCUUGGUGUCCUGCACGCUGUAGCUUUCUUUAUAAUUAUCGUUAUGGCAAUGCAGCCGAAGGUCAAAGAAGAUAUCUAUUUUAAGACUCCACUGGUGCCCCUCAUCCCGUGCAUCAGCAUUUACAUCAAUAUCCAAUUGAUGGUUUUAAUUAACAUACAAACUUGGAUUCGUGUUGCUGUUUGGACAGUAAUAGGAAUAAUUGUAUAUGUUCUUUGUUUAAACUGCUAUAAACGUAAUAAGAACAAUUAUCUACAAAAAAAUACAACUAUAUUUACUCAUGUGGGUAAAAAUGGAAAGCCGUCCGUACAAAUUGUGGUAGAAUCACCUACACCUCCUGGUACUGUAAGAAGCAAUAGUGAAGGAAUAGAUAACAACAUACAAAUAGAUGAUAGAUGCGAGUUUGUUCUUAAUGUUAUAGAAGAAAUUAAAGAUGACACUGAAAUGAAAACUGAAGAAAAUAUAAUACAACAAGCAGUUAUAGAAACAAAUUAUGAGAAAGAAGCAAAAAUAAUAGAUCUUUUAGAUCAAGUGUUACAAGCGGAAGAAGACAGCUACGGUGAAAUAAUCAGUUUAAAAGAUGACAACAACGUUAACGAGGAAGUUACCGAGAAUGUAAUUCAAAGAAAGUCUUUGGGCGAAUUAUCAGAUGCUGGAUCUGAUAUAUCAUUAGGUAAUCAAGGGUUAUCUAAAUAUGAUGUUAUAGCACAAGUACACAGAGAGGAUUUGUCAGUAGUUAGUGAAGAGGAAGAAAAAGAUGACGGUGAAACUAUAAAUGAGCAUGUGAAUAAAAUAUUAGAAGCUAAUCAAAGUGAAACUAAUUCUCGUACAGAUGAAUCAGGGUAUUCGGAUACAUUUGAUAAAAUGGCGUUGAAUGAUUCAAUAGAAGAUGUCAAGGAAGCUCGUCCUUAUAUACCAGCUCCGCCACCAUUCGAUGAAAAUGUUUUUGAAAAGUCGUAUCUAAAAAAAUCUUAUUCAAUGCCAAAAGCAAAGAUCAAACCUGUUGACGUUUCAUUAGAAUCGGAGGAAGAAACCAGACCUGGAGAGAAUCUUCAGUCAAAUAAUCCUAGUGGCGACAACUCUAACGGUGAUGAUUAUAUGAUUUUCGGUAGUGAAAAACAGAUAGAUUUCAUGUCAAAGUUAAGUAACAUUUUUCAGAAUAAAAUAAACACAGAAAAUGAAGAACAAGAACACAGAAAACGAUCACAUUCUAUAGGAGACGCCACAGAACAUAUAGAUUCGACAACUUCAAACCGACCAUUGAUAUUUGAAGAUUUGAAGAAAGAAAUCAUUGCUAAUAAAGGUAAAACUUUGCGACCGACAAAUAUUGUAGAUAAUUCCAAUGACACAGAACCUGAAACACAGGUCGAAGAUGACGAAAAUUCUAGUAUGAGUAGACAAGAUUUGAAGACAAAACUAGAAUCGAUAUUUGCUAACGGUGGUACAAAACUGGUAAAGCCGAGACUGAUGAAAUCAAAUCCGCCAACUCCAGAAGAAGUGUAUCAAACGGAUUCUUCUAGCAGUGAAAGUAUUUAUAAGAAUGCAAAAACAGAGAAAAACGACACAUUGAAUCGACAGAAAGCAAAAUUUAGUGUAGUAUUAAAUUCGUUCAGAGAAAGUUUGAAUACUGACGACAAAGUGUAAUUGGGUACAAGUAGUAGUUUAUAAAGUUACGAAAUUGGAUACGUCUACCAGUCUUAUGAUUAAGUGCCUUAUUUAUCAAUAUUGGAAGUAUUCAUAUUGUGACUUGCAGAUAUAUUACGAAUUUUAGUUUAAGACCAAUCAGGAAUAGAAGCAAUAACUUAUAAAGUCUACUUAGUACUGAACUUAAAUAUUUUAUUGCGUGUAUGGUUUUGAACAAAAAAUAUUUCAAAGACUGAAGUGUCAAACUUAGCAGCGUCAUAGUGUGUUAAUGUGUAUGUAACAAUUGAAGAUAUUAUUAAAUUAAAAAAAAAUAUUUAAACUAAA